CGCCCUGCGCCCUCCCACUUUGUGGCGCGCACACCAGGAUUUGCAUACAGAGGAGUAGAGCGCCCGCCUCCCUCAAGAGUUUGGUUUUCCUUUCCAAGCAGUACGUUUCUGACCAGACUUUGCUCGGCAGAGGUGGAAGUUAAACUCGGGUGGAUCGACUCCUCCGCCCAGCCAGCGCUGACAGACCUGCUCUGUUUUAUCCCGCUGUGCGUUUUCCCCACUUCAGCUGUCGCUCCGUCGGUUUUGUGACGUUCUGGGCCGAUCCAUCAAGAUGUCUCAGAUGAACAAGAAAACGAUCACGACGACGACCAGCUUCAGGAAUCUACAGGCCUCUCCGGAGCCGAUGGUUACAAGGCUCGUCUCCCCCAGCCCUGUGUUCUCCGGGAGCUCCGUGUCGUCGGUGACACCGAUGUCUCAGGUGUCUCAGGUGUCCGCGGUGCCGUACGCGGUAAACGGCGCAAGCUAUGGGACGUUGCGGUACCUGGUCCCUGUGCAGCAGCAGCAGCAGCAGCAGUCCUUCGUCCUGAUGCAGCAGCCUAUGAUGCAGCAGCCUGUGAUGCAGCAGGUGGUGUCCCCGAUGUACCUGCAGAAUAUGCAACAGCUGAGCAUCAGCAACCAAAACGACUACAUGUACCAGGAUCUCAGCAUGACAGAGAGCACCAGCAGGAAGUCUUCAUCUGUGUUCAGCCAUUCAACCAGUCCUAUCAAGAGCCCUGCGACAAGUGUUGAGGAGGAGGUUGAAUUGGAGGUAGAAGAGGAGGAGGAAGAGGAGGAGGGGGAUGCUGUAGAAGUGGAGGAGGUGGAGAUUGUUAAUGUCAUACAGUCGAAACCACCUCCAGUGAUAGAGAAGAUCUCAAGGAGGGAGGUGAGGACUGAGUUGAAGGAGAUACCAGAGCCAACAAAGCUGGACACACGUUACUUCGGCGAGCUGCUGGCUGAUGUCUACAGGAAGAACUGCGACAUCCACUCCUACAUCUCUGAGCAUGUGUCCAAGAUCCGUGGACAGAAACACCAGAUGGAUUUGGGAAAAGAUUCCAUGGUGGAUAAAGAGGAGGUGGAGGCUUUGAUUCCAAAAGGAGCUACUGAACUGACCAAGCAACAAAUGCGCUACCUGCUACAGACUCGUCUCACUGCAGAUAAGAGCAUGCGUCUGCUGCUGUCCACCUUCAACAGUUUGAGAGAGGAGCUCAUGCACAUGUCGGAGGACCUGCGGCGUCUGGAGAGUGAGAAGGACUCUUUGGAGAGAGAUCUGAGUUUCAAAACAGACCAGGCUCGGCAGUAUGACUCCCUCCUGGCGACCGUCCGAGAAAACAACAGACAGCUCCAGCUGUCUGUGAAGGAAUCCCAGGCCGCCCACCGUUCACUGGAGAGCCAGAUCAUGAGCAAACAAAGUAGCGACUCGAAUCGUGACUUCAAGCUGAAAGAGAUGGAAGCAAGAAUGAAAGCAAUGGAGAAUGAGAACAAGAUGCUCCGACAGAAGCUGGCUGGACAAGGUAGCAGCUCCACCUUUCAGAUCAAAACAGACGAAUUAUCCCGUCAGUACAAUGAGCAGCUCAGCACCUUGACUCGAGAGAAAGAUCGGGAGAUCGAGAGGCUGAGGACCCAGAUAACAAGGAUUCAGACAGAGGUCACCACUGACAGGUCGUCCUCAGAGAAGAGUCUUCAACUGAAGAUCACAGAGCUUCUCACCAUGUUGGAGCAGCAGAAGACCACCAUCUCCAAACAAGAGGAGGAGAUCAGAAGGCUGAUGCAGGACAGGAACAGCAGCUCCAAGAAUGUCACUAAGACCAUCAUCACCAAAAGGUACAGGAACCAGUACCCGAUCCUUGGUCUGCUCAGUGAUGAUUACCAGGUCACCUCACCUGUCAAAGAAGACAAGACCAUCGUCAUCGAGAGAAGUGGACAGAUGAUCAAACAGGAAAUCAUUACAACCCCUUAAAGACACACUGCUUCUCUCCGACAGGAAUGAACUAUGACCAACCAGAAGAUCCAGAUGUCACCCCCUAUUCCCCUGCAUGCUCCUCCCCCUCCCCUCAGGGCUCCCAGGGAUGGUGGUGGUUGAAAUCCCCUUCUUUGCCCCUAAAUUUGGGAUCUUUGCUUUGACCAAAUUGUUUGGGGUGACAAUUUUAUCAAAAUUUUCAUUUUUUUUCCUUGUAACUAAUAAAAAGGGAAUUAAUAAUCUACUAAUCACAGGCCAAAUCUGAUCAGAUGAUGCUACAGCCAGUUAUGGAUUGAGGCACGGGUAAAAAGAGUCACGACAACUGGGAACACGCUGAGAUUAGAGUUGAACUGUCCGACGUGGAUGGAUGCUUCCUCUCUUUUCUCACCUUUAUAACCUCAUUCUGCUGGUUUCACUAAAUUUAACAUUCAGUCUUAUUUGGUUUGACUCUGCACUUUAGCACAUUAAUACAAAGCACUCAAUGGAAUCACUAAACAAGUGAUUCUGCAAUAUACUGCAAUACAGUCAUCUGUGAUACCUCACAAAGUUGGUAUUUAAAGAAGAAAUGGGAAAGAUUGUACACUAUGACCUGAAAUUUAAAAUCUUUCAGGCUUAGUCUGAUAUACAAGAAUAUUCACAGGAGAUUGUAUUGUGAUAUAUUGCUCUGUUGAUGAUUAUCUGUCCCAUCUCUACCCAGCUGGGGCAAGAUAAGUUUGGAUUUGGUUCCACGUGGAUGUUUGUCCUCCCAUGCUGUAAAAUUCUUGGAUGGAAAUAGUUUAAGUUUUGUUUCUAAGGAAGUAAUAUUCUUAUUUAUUUCCCAUUUUCUUUCUAGAGGAAGGAGAUUGUUUGAAAUAUAUAUACUUUAUAUGCUCUCUGUUCAGUUUAUUAAGCCUACCUGUGCAUCCUCAUGCAUCAUAGUACAACGUGUCCGUUUUUGUUCAUUCUUUGAACUGGCUGCACUAGACAGAUAUACCUAAUAAAGUGACUUCAGUAUUCUUAACUGUGAACACUAUGAAUAAGCUUUUCUAGAAAAGCUCUCCUGACAGAGGUUUGCAAAUCUAUGCUUCUGUCUAAACACGAGAAGUUGUAAAAGAAACUGUCAAAUCUGCUUAAUUACCUUUGAAAUCACUAAAUGUCAAAAGAUUGGAUCAACGAGACAAGAAGUCUGCAGCUAACCGAAGGAAAACAAUGCACCGCUGUGGAACCAAAUGCUAAGUACCAAAGUGUCAGCCUCCAGUUGUCACCAAUGUGUGUUUUGCCAAGACUGGUACCAUGUAGCAUGUAGCAUGCAAUCCUCCUCAAAGCCACCACAGCCAUUCUUGCCCAGGGGACGAGGAAGUGGAUGCAUUUCUAUGACUGCUACUCUGCAUGUAAAUAUUUGUGUAUAUUUGUAAGCUGGGCGUGCUUAGUGUAUGAUCUCUCCAGUGCGCGUGUGGAAUAAUCCCCCUCUGCACUGCGGUUCUCAUGAUCAUUUAACAAACGUUCUUAACGGGUAGUUUACUUCUGUUUAGUGCUAAGUGACUGUUUUUUUUGUUCAGUGCAUUUUACUUUAUUUGUAAGUUUUCUAUGACUCAGAGGUGAAUGGGUUCACAUGUAGCUUUCAUGUGCGAUCUCGGGUUCGGGGUGUGUGAUGCCUCACAUUCGUGUGAGAAAAUUCAGGCUUGAUUGGAUGCCUCCGGGUGCGAAGCAUCACAUUGGGCGGGAGGGUGGGAGGGGAAUAUAGCUGGAACUGAAGCAUGAUUUUGGGAAGGGGGGGUGUUAAGAUGGUGCAAGAAGAUUUAAAGCACAAUAUCAUAUAAACUUUAUGCCCGAGUCUGUUUCUGUUUCAGCUUCUUUUUUCUACUCUUCUUACAUACAAGCAGAAGGCUUUGUGUCUACUGGGUAGCACUCAUACCCCUUUUCCACCGAUGCAGGUGCCCAGUUGAUAGCCAGUUCCGUGUGUUUCUACCAAGGAAAGACCAGUGCCCAUGCCAAAAAACCUGGCAUCAGAACGGCACCACAAAUUUCCCGGCCGAGAGUUGGGAUCACUGACAUCAGUGGUGUGGGAGGGGCUACCACAAGAAAGUGAAAAAUGAUUGGUAGGUACAGCCCACAGUUUCUGGCUGCCAUGAUUUUCUUAAAAUAGAACUUACCUCAACUCCCUGACACUACAUAGUCGGUCCUAAAACCUGUUGCAUUGUGGUGCUGAAGACAGAACUGGCUCAACACUAUUACUGGCACCAGUAUCAGAUGGUGUUAAAGAGGUAUUGAAGGCACUGUAGCCUGCUUUACUGGCUCAUCAGCAGCUUGUGGUUUACAUGAAAUAGAACACUGAAACUACUGACUUUAAACUGAGGCUGUGUAUUUGUUACUGCGCCACAAGCUUAAAAAAAAAAUCUGCUAAUAACCGAAUGUCAGGGUUGGAUGGUAAUAAAUUAUAUUAAGGGCAAAUGUAUUUGCAGAACUCAAAAGAAAAUUCAGAAUUUUAAAUGUAUGAUUUUAAAGUAAUUAAACAGUUUUUGGAUUAGAUUUGUUUUUCUGUUUUGAAUUUAUUGUAAGACAGUUCUAAUGAAAAAAAACAACUUCCAUACAAAGUUAAUUUUCAACAUAAUCUGACCCAAAAUGAUGAAAGCAUAGAGAAGGUCCAGUUAUUGUUUUCAUCCUCUUUUUAAAAAACAACCACCAAUCCGUGAUUGUCUACUAAACCUGCUUAUGUUGUCGUUGAUUUGUAUUGUAGUAUACUGAUGCUGAUGAUGGGGUAUAAAAUACAGUUAAUGAUUGUUUGUAAGUGAUAUAGACAACAGUGAAGUAAUAUUACAAGAUCUUUGUAAAACAAUGUGUAGUUCUUCCUUUAAAGAACAGCACAAACUGGCUACAACCCGAAUAGAAAGACGUGAGAGGUAAAAGUGAUGGUGACGCCUCGACUGGCAGCUUUAUUUAAAUGCAUUUAAAUCAACUCCAGUGCUCGAGAGCUACUUUUCCUUUUUUUUACCCCAACACAGCUGA